CACCUGAGCUCAUCUCCGAGCCUUUAGACCUCUCACCAUGGUUCACUUCACAGCUGAGGAGAAGGCGGCUAUCACAAGCAUUUGGAAUAAAGUGGAUUUAGAAAAGGCUGGAGGAGAAACCCUGGGAAGGCUCCUGAUUGUCUACCCAUGGACUCAGAGGUUCUUUGACAAGUUUGGAAACCUCUCUUCUGCUCAAGCCAUCAUGGGCAACCCCAGGAUCAGAGCCCACGGCAAGAAAGUGCUCACGUCCCUGGGCUUGGCCGUUAAGAACAUGGACAACCUCAAGGAGGCCUUUGCUCCUCUGAGUGAGCUGCACUGUGACAAGCUUCAUGUGGACCCUGAGAACUUCAAGCUCCUGGGUAACGUGCUGGUGAUUGUUCUCUCCUCUUACUUCGGCAAGGAAUUCACAGCAGAGGUGCAGGCUGCCUGGCAGAAGCUGGUGGCUGGGGUAGCCAAUGCUCUGUCCCACAAGUACCACUGACCUCCUUCCCUGAUGGCUACCUUUCUGUGUCCCCCCUAGCCACAUCCUACACAAGGUCACUCACUGUGCUGGCAUCUGAAAGCAGAGCUUCUGCUUAAUAAAGUUCAUUCUCUUCAGUAA